GGUGCCCGCAUGCGGCUCAGCUCCGGGAAGCAGCAAAGGAUGGGGUGUUCGGUGCUGAGCUCUUUCUCGCAGCUCCCUUUGGAAGUGGCUGCGGGGAUUUGCUGCUGAAGAGCAGCUCCAGCUCUUCCACAGAUCCCCUCUGAUGUGCUCCUCUAGGUGCGUUUCCACCUCCUCCCUGCUCCUCAGGGGACACUGUUCCAUGCAUGGAUGAGGCCACAAAAGGCGUGGAUCUCAAGCAAGCAGAACUGUAGCACAGCUGAGGGAUGGACAGCAGUUCUGCAUCUGGAGGCUCCACUCCUCUGUCUGAUGUGGCCCUGGCUUGGAACAGUCUUCAGGAAGCCAAAGCAGUGCUACAAAGGAUUGAAAACAAAUUUUGUCAUCAAAAGCGGAGCUGUGCCAACUCGCAGGCGGCCGGGGGAAAGCUUCGGCAUGGAGAAAGCUUUGAUGGAGAGAGAAACAGAGAUGAAACAGCUCUGAAGGAGAAAAAGAGCAGUGAGGGUCCUGUGUCCUGCAGGUCCCAGCCCUGCUUCCAUGGGAGCUGUGCUGCCAGCCCCGGACUACCCGUGGCCAUACUGUCCCCUGGGGGAUGCCCACCCACAGCACCAGCCAGGAUGUGGGCUGCAAAUGGGACACGGCCCGUUGAACACAGCCCAAGAGAGGAUUUCAGAGAGCGGACAGACUCAGGAGGUCAUGAGGUACAAAAGGGAAAACAUCUCUGCUCCCCACAUCACACGCAUUGCCCCCUGGCAGGGAGCAGUCAGAUCUCAGCCCCUGUCCCCAUGGCUGUCCUGCUCCCUGUGCACUACCUCCCAUCAGCCAGCAGCCCCAGCGACCAGAAGCUGGAGGAGCUGCGGAGAAAAUCAUCCUGGAAGAAGUUAGAGCAGCUCAAGAAGAAAAUCCAGGAGCAGAAGCAAAACCAGCGAGCAGCUUCUCAGGAGCAGAAGUGCCUGACUGCAUCCCGUGCUCGAGAGCUGCUUCAGGACAGACCCCUGAAGAGAAAGGUGUGCAGGGUGCACGCCCCUCCUGCUCCACGUCCCAGAGACCCAAGAAGGAGUGGCUCAGCACGGGGGACUCAAAUACAGAGCCAGAAGCAGCCCUUGCCCAGCUCCUCUUCUCUGGGGAGAACAGCGGUGUGUGAAGGUUCAAAGCUCCCCGGUGCUUCUGCAUGGAGGGAAGGUCAGAAGUUAGCCAGGAAGCUGCUCGGUCCACCGCCUGCAUUUCCAAAGCUGAGAAGCAGAGCUGAAGAGCAGAGCACUGGAAAUGCCUAUGGGCCCGAUGUUGCAAUGCCAGCAAUGGAGAACAGCUCCAGAGAAAAGAACAACGAACCUGCGGGGAAAAGCCCCGAAUUCCAAAGCUUUGCAGCUCCCCACCACGGCCCUGCUGGAAGGAGCAGCAGUGCACCAAGCAAAGGUGCAAAGCAAAUACUCAGGAGCCUCCAUUUGCAAAGCCAGUGCCACGAUGACCUCAGGCAGAGCGGGCACCUGGGAGAUACCAUGAAGGGAAAGGUUCUGCAGCAGUACCAUCCGCCUUCACCUGGACCUCAGGACAUGGCUCCCUCUGCCUUUAGUGCAGGAAAGAGAAUGGCUGCAUUAAUAACAACUGGAGCCAAGGCCAGCAGCUCUGGAAGCAUCCGCAGAGGGAAAAGCACAUCUCCUCGGAGAUGGACGCCUGUGCAGAAAGGGCCUGAGAAGGAAAACCUGGAACAGCCUCCAAAGAGGAGGGUAAAGCUUAAAAAACCUCACCCCUACAGCCGUGACGUCGUUCAGGAGUUCAUGUGUAGGAAGAAUGAAGAGAGAAGGAAAAAAAAGCUGGAAGAGAAAAAGUCUGUGAUGCAGGCAGUGGAAAUGAGGAAUAAGAGGCUGCAAGAAGUAUACAGGAAACAGAGAGAAGCUCUUGGAAAGAAAACGUGCUCUGAGCAGACGUGUGAGCUCGUCAGGGGAGCAGCUGCUGCCAAAGGAAGUCCUCAGCACACACUCGAGCAAGAGCAAACCAGCGGUGGAACCCUGAAGCACAGUUUCAUGGCCUGGCUGGAAAAAGCAUCCCAUGCUGCACUACACAGAGAUCCCAGACACAGGAAUCAGCUUCUAGAAACCAUUCAAUCACUUAAAAGCAGAGAGGCAUUACCUUCUGCAGUACUACCGGCAUCUGAAUCCUGGCUUCCCAGUCCUCUGAAGUGUCAGGACUUGAGGGACUGCUCCCCCCCAGCGCUGGGUACUCCUCUGAGCUUUUCCCCUCCUCAGAAAGAUACAAAAACAGACUUCAAGGACCCAACUUCUGGCCUUUCUCCGUAUAGAAAUAAAUGGGACCGAGUGAAAGCCAUACACAACCUAUCCAAGGAGCUUGCAGAAAAGAUUGAGAUGGCAACUAAGAGGCUGAGUGCAACAAGCAGUGGUAAAGAUUCUGCUGGUAAAAUAUCAGCAGAGAUAACCUGGGACCUUUUCAGUGGAUCUUCUGUCUCUGAGCCAGAGGCAUCCAAAGAUGAGCAGGACAGGACAAUGACUGUACAGAUGCUGAUGGGAGCCCCACAUCUGAAUGAGCUGCAUGUGCCAUCAGACAGGGAAUGUCAUGGACCAGCCAGGAUUAGCCUUGUGGAUAGCACUGAGGGAACAGCAGACCUGGACAGAGAGAAGAAAAUAGCUUCUUUGUCUGGUGGGAGUGCUGUGAGCAAAGAGUGGCCAUGGAUCAUACACAGUAUAAGGCAGAGACAUCUCAACACUGGGGAGAGCCUGAGCAGCAUGUUGGAAGGUUUUCCGGUGAAUAAAGGCUCCGAAGUGGACAUGAGCCUAUUGCAUGAAAAGCCAAUAACCAGCCCAGCCUCUCCAUCUCACGGGUUCCUUGCUAGAAGCCUGCAGACAGACCCUGCAGCUCAGAGGUGUGAGGCCGUUCCAGAACUGCAGGAUCGAGGGGCAGCCGCCCAACGCCAUCCCUGCAUGGAGAGCCUGGGGACGGCGGGCAGCCACACAUUGCAGCCCUGCAGAGCUCAAGGCAGCGCUGAGCAGCACUGCGGUAAGGGGAUGCUUCCCACGGGGUGGGUGUGUGGUUAUUCUGUGCCCCCCCAAGACUGCUGCCUGUGCUACUGGGAGAGAAUCAGCAGCUAG